AUGCCGCGUCUGCUUCAGGGCUGGCUGAUCAACAUUGAGAACCCGCUGUCGCACAGGCAGCUGCAGAACCUGAAGCACUUCCUGGGCCACCUGCGCGCCCGCCUGCACUCGGCGGUGCCGCACUCCGAGGUCAUUUGGUACGACGCCGUCACCACACGCGGCCGCCUCCACUGGCAGAACGGCCUCACCCCUCUCAACGAGCCGUUCUUCGACCUGUGUGAUGGCCUCUUCACCAACUAUGCCUGGCAGCAAGACACACCACGCAGGGCCGCGGCGGCCGCGGGCGGCAGGGCAACGGACGUGUAUUUUGGAUUCGAUGUCUUUGGCCGCGGGACCUUUGGCGGCGGCGGCCUCGGUGUCACCAACGCACUCACCGCCAUCACCAAGGCCGGCGUCUCCGCGGCGCUGUUUGCGCCCGGCUGGACGCUGGAGUGCCACGAGCGCUCCGAAUUUGAGGCGGUGCAGGAGCUUUGGUGGCGGCGGGUGCGCGAGCCGCGCUCGACAGCGUGGGGCUUUGCGUGA